AGCCAUUUUGGCUCAUGCUGUUCAAGUCGGGCCGUCGCUCAUGUCGUGCCGCCGCCGGGCUGCCGCGCGCCGGUGCACGUGACCUUCGGGGUACCCAUCUUGUUCUAUGUCUACGGGAUGCCGACGCGGCGCCGCCGCGGUUCGGCAGGCGGCGGACCGGUUGGUCGCGAGGCUCGUCCGCGAGCUCGCUGACGCCAAAGCCGUCAACUUCAGGUUGCAGCAGGAGCUCACUGGCAGUGCGGUGGGUUGCGCGGCCGAUCUCGCCGAGGUGGCGCGCCGCGAGGCCAUCGCCAGGCCCGCCCUGCUGGCCAGAGUUCGUGGCACUCGCGAACCUGGCGCCCGCCGCUUGAAGCGGAACGUCGCGUGGCAUGCAGACGAGUGUCCCGACGAGUCCGCCCCACUGGCGGAGUGGCGGAGCGCGCAGAAGGGGCCUCGCCUCGGCGGUGCAGUCGGCGACACCGUGGAGCAGGAGGUCAAGGCGAUCCCAGCGGUACGGCAACUGCUGCUGGGCGCUGUCGGUGUGCUGCCCCGUCGCCUCCCCCACGGCCUCGUGUGGCGGGCGGCGCCCUUGGAGACUUUCUUGGCCUUCGAGGCGGGGAAGCAGUGCAUCGAGUUGGACGCGGGCACGGCGGCCUUCGCCCCUGCCGCGGCUCCCUGUGUCGAUGCGCGCGCUGGUGCUGGCGGCCCGCGUGGCGUGGGCUGUCGAUGCACGUGCGGGACCGUGGCUUUCUCGAGCGUGCCGGUCGGAGCGCGCCCAGUGCGCGGUUGCCACCGGGAGGCGGCUGCUCCGCCAUCGGAGUGCGACAGCGCCGCGGGCUCCGUUUUCUUCUCCUCUGGCGAGGAGUCGGAGGUCGACGAGUGCCCUGGCGACCAGCUCGUCUUCGAGGAGUGCGGGUCGGCCGAGGCCACCAGCGAGGGCUUCGACCUCGAGGUGACCGUUCCGGUGGCGGCCGUGUUGCCGACGGACGACGACCAGAUGAGCGUCGAUCGGGUCGGGGAGCCCAUCGCCGAGCUCGGCGCGGCGUCGGAGGUCGACGUCGAGGACUUCCUCGCAGAGACGCUCGCGGCCUCGGAUCCCGUGGCAGGCGUGCACAUGGGGGUGGUGGUGUGCGAGCUCGAGCGCCUCGGCUUGGACAUCGAGAUCGUCGCCGCUUACCUCGCCUCGCCGCGAUUCGCCGAGGUCUUCUACGUGGAGGGCGAGAGCCUCUUCCGCGUGGACGGGGCGGACGCGCCUUCGGCGCCGCCCGUGCGGCCGUCGGGCGCGCGCGCGGGCGAGCGAGGGCCGUAGGCCCUGCGGGUCCGCCGCCUGGGAUCGGGCUCGCACUCGGGGUGCGAACCCGUAUCCCCGCCGGGGGUGGGCGGCCGCUGGCGGCUGACGUGGUGCCCGCUUUCGUCCCCGCGGGGGUGGCUUCUGGCCGCCUGGACUGCCUUCUCGGUAGUCCAGGCUGGGUCGGAUGCUUGUCUGGGCUUCCCCGUCCUGGGGCCCCCCCCUCGUCGCCUCGGCGGGUCGGCCUCGCGCGAGCGCGCGGCGGCGAGGGACUCUUCUCUCGAACUUCUGGGCUUCCUUUGAAGCUGCGCCCGCCGUCCUCCUCCUCCUCCUCCCC